AUGCGGCCACCUUACCUCCCGCUGCUCUUCCUAAUUCAGGUUGGUCCUAGCCCACAUUACCAUUGUUUAAUCUCUAACGACCUGUGUUUGGUGGUGCUGCCUGGUCCAAAAGUGUUAUCGAUAUUGUACAGCGAUUGUCUUACUGUCUUGCGCCAACUCCUGUUACUCUCUGGCGACAUGGAGCUGAAUCCAGGUCCUCGUAGUGCUCCCACGAACAAUCUAGUGUUUCAUGGCUUGAACGAUAGCUCUUCCGAGACGUGGGCCAAGUCCGAAGCUCUGGUAACUGACCUGUGCAAAAAUAAUCUAGGUAUGGAGAUUCCGCCUCACGCAAUCGAGCGCGCCCAUCGCAUUGGACGCUAUCAACCAAACAGACGCAUACCAAUUAUUGUCAAGUUUGCGUCUUACAAAACGGAUGAGUCUGUUAUGAGCGCUGGCCGAUUUUUAAAAGACACCGGUAUUUCUGUCACGGGCGACUACUCAUUAACAGUUCGCACGGCCCGCAAGCACCUCUUGGGCUUCGCCAAAUCGCAAUCUGCGCCUUUCAAGCUCCGCUUCGACAAGUUGUUAUUGAAUGGCAAAUUGUAUACAUUUAACCACGCCACCUGA